AUCAUGUCCAUUUACAAGGAACCACCCCCGGGAAUGUUUGUUGUGCCUGAUCCCCACGACAUGACCAAGAUUCAUGCCUUGAUCACAGGCCCCUUUGACACGCCUUAUGAGGGGGGUUUCUUCUUGUUCCUGUUUCGCUGUCCUCCAGAUUAUCCCAUCCACCCUCCCAGGGUCAAACUGAUGACAACAGGGAAUAACACAGUGAGGUUUAACCCCAACUUCUACCGCAAUGGGAAGGUCUGCCUGAGUAUCCUGGGCACCUGGACUGGGCCAGCAUGGAGCCCAGCACAGAGUAUCUCUUCAGUCCUCAUCUCCAUCCAGUCUCUGAUGACUGAGAACCCUUAUCACAACGAGCCAGGCUUUGAGCAGGAGAGGCACCCAGGGGACAGCAAGAACUAUAACGAGUGCAUUCGGCACGAGACCAUCCGGGUGGCAGUGUGUGACAUGUUGGAGGGCAAGUGUCCCUGUCCUGAGCCACUAAGGGGCGUGAUGGAAAAAUCCUUCAUGGAAUACUAUGACUUCUAUGAAGGGGUGUGUAAAGAGAGGCUGUAUCUCCAGGGACAGACAAUGCAGGAUCCUUUUGGUGAAAAACGAGGCCACUUUGACUACCAGUCCCUCCUGAUGCGUUUGCAGGGAAUCAGGCAGAAGGUGCAGGAGAAACACCAGCAGGAGAGCACAGAAAUAGACUCUGAGAGCAGCUCCUCUGAGACAGAGACAGACACUCAGGGUUGCUCUAAAGCUUAGAGCUGUGUUCCCAGUGGAGAGGCCAAGCCAUGGGGAUGUUCUGUCUUCACACCCUAGAGAACCCCUGACAGACUGGACAACCAAACCAAUGCCAGAGUGGAGAAA